ACAUUGAAACCUGAUUGAAACAUUUUUAGUUAAUGUAGUAGUGGAAUAAGCUAAGUCCAAAAGCUGUGUUCUCGAAAGAAAAAACUGAACUAUGUAGGGUAUAAGUAAAUUUCUGAUCAAAGAACACAUUGAACAGAGGAUUCUAAAGUGGAAUGUUCUUUUUUAUUUCAAAAUUUCCAGAAUACAGUUAAUAGUUGAAAACAAGCGAGAGAAUGGAAGGUGAAGGAAAAUACGUACGCGUAUAUCAGUUCAACGAAGGAGAGUACGAUGGCUCCGAUCACGAGUGGGACACAAUAAGGCACUCGGACGUUGGACGGUUUGUUCGGGCUCCGGCCAUUUAUGAUGACGAGGUAGAGCAAAGCGACGAGAAUGCUCACCAGCUGGUCCCGUUGGAUCCGAAUCGGGAGAACGAAAUAUUGAAACAGACGAUCGCUGAUCUACAGAAAACCAUCGCUGAGAUGUCAAGCUCUGGAGGUCAACGCAAACAAAAUGCUGGGCCUACCGACGCUGAGGAGAGCUGGAACAACUAUCGAACAAUGUCAUUGUCACAGUCGGAAGGACCAAGCGUAAGAUGGGACCAGAUGAAGCCUUUUCCUAAAAAUAUACCAGCGAACAAAAUGUGGGAGGAAUAGUCGAAAUACAUCGAGAAUUUCGAAAUUGCUGCCUCACUGUCCAACGCCAUCGAUCCCGUACGACGAUCCCAAUUACUUUUUCUGUCUAUGGGCGAUCAACUACAGGGCAUAGUAAGAGCAGCCAAGCUUCGUCCGAACCUAAAUGAUAAAGAGUGCUAUACUGUCUUCAUUAGGAACAUUGAAGACCACUUGCGCUCCAUGACCGAUACCGCUGCAGAGCAUGAAGCUUUUUCAUGCAUGCAGCAAGGUAUUGGAGAAUCGGUAAUGAGCUUCCACGCAAGGUUGAUGGAGAAAGUUCGCUUGUGUAGAUACAGUGCUGUCGACCAGGAGCGUUUCGUUCGUGCUCAACUCAUGAAGGGCAUGACAAACAGGGAGCUAGCCAAGACUGCCAGGACUUUUGGUCACGAAACCAACGUUAUCGUGCAGGCUGCAACUCGAGACGAAGCGUACCAAGGGGAAACUACCAGAACAGCAUCGAUGAACCACCAUGAAGUAAUCAAUCAAGUCCGCAGUCGUGUGUCAAGGUUUACAGUGAAGCGAGAAAACAGAAGCGCAUCCAACGAACCGCAAAGUAAGCAGUACCGUCGCGAAGGACUUCGAUCCAACAUCCGUCCGGAAUUGUGCACCCGAUGUAACAAAUGGAUGCAUCGGAAUCGCCCUUGUCCAGCUCUGAAGCUCAAAUGCAACGCGUGUGGUAAAUUUGGCCACUUUGCUGUAGUAUGCAGAUCAGCCCGUAUCAAUGCAACGCAAACUUACGAUCUACCCAAGGGCAUGCCGGAAGAAGUGAAAGUGGUCACGAAAGAUGAGGAGCUUAACGCACUUUCGCUUGAGGACGUUCUGAUCGACUGUCGUGUGGGAUCCUCUAAUCCCUUAAAGUUCUUAAUCGAUUCAGGGGCGGAUGUAAACGUCGUUGGAGGCCAUGACUGGCAAUAUCUGAAAAAUGAGUUUGAAUCGGGAUCAGUAGAGCUGAAACCUAUCGCAAUUAACUCGAAUAUAGGACUACGAGCUUAUGCUGCCAGUGUUCCGAUGAAGAUAGAUUUUGCUUUCAGAGCAACUAUAGCAGCGACGGGAUCAUCAAACUCGGUGGAUGCAGAUUUUCUGAUGGUGAAGGAUGGAAAACGGUCUUUACUGGGCAGAUCGACAGCCAGCGACUUAGGCUUAUUAUUCGUUGGGGCGCAAAUACGUAAAUGCGAAGUAGUUGACAACGGAAUAUUCCCGAAGAUGCCUGGCGUCAAAGUGAGAUUCAGCAUCGACAAGAGUGUGCCUCCUACGCGUAACGCAUACUUCAACAUACCUGCAGCUUAUCGAGAAGGUGCCCGACGACGGCUUAUGGAGAUGGAAUCAUGUGGCAUAAUUGAGAGAGUGGUAGCAGCACCACAAUGGAUAAGUGGCAUGUCUGCAGUGUCAAAAGGAAAGGACGAUUUUCGGUUGGUCGUAAACAUGAGGGCCCCUAAUAAAGCUAUAAAGAGAGAAUACUUCCGGUUGCCAGUGCUCGACGAGAUGAAAAUUAAAUUGCAAGGAGCUCGAUACUUCACGAAGCUAGACCUAAAAAGUGCCUACUAUCAUUUGGAACUGAACGAAGAAUCAAGGGACUUAACAACGUUUCUGGCCGAAAACGGUAUGUUUCGCUUCACUCGUUUAAUGUUCGGGGUGAACUGUGCGCCGGAGAUUUUUCAACGCGAAAUGACUCGAAUACUGGAGGGCAUUGAACACAAAAUAAUCUACAUUGAUGAUGUACUUCUUUUCGCGGACAGUUUAGAAAAACUACGUGAAACAGUUGCCCAGGUGCUCCAGAUCUUCAAAGACAACAACUUGACGCUUAAUACAGAAAAGUGUGAGUAUGACAAAACGGAAGUAAUUUUUCUCGGGCAUAAGUUAGAUGCAGAUGGGUUCCAUAUUGAAGAGGCUAAAAUCGGAGCCAUAGCAAAAUUUCGACGUCCUACAACGAUCUCGGAACUGCGUAGUUUUCUUGGUUUGGCAUCGUUUGUUAGCCCUUACAUAAGGGGUUUUGCUGAAAUCUCAAGUCCUUUAUGGUCGGUUGUGGGAUCUAAAGCUUGGUAUUGGAAUGAACAGCAAGAGAGAGCGUUCAAUAAUUUGAAGCAACAAAUAAUCCGUUCCACUGUUUCAUUGGGUUAUUUUUCGGAAAAUGAUGAAACCAUACUUUACACCGAUGCUUCACCGAAUGCCAUUGGUGCAGUGCUAGUGCAAGAAAGAAAUGGUAAACAUCCGCGCAUAAUCAGUUUUGCAUCGAAAACUUUGACGGACACCGAGAAGAAAUACGCACAGAAUCAACGAGAGGCUCUUGGAGCGGUAUGGGCAGUAGAGCACUUCUCGUACUUCUUGCUCGGCCGACAUUUCACUUUGCGUACCGAUGCCAGUGGAGUCACCUUUAUUUUUAACCGGUCGCGAGAAAACUCAAAAAGGGCUCUAACCAGAGCAGACGGAUGGGCUCUGAGGCUCAGUCCUUAUGAUUAUUCGAUAGAGUAUGUAAAAGGUGUCGACAAUAUAGCAGACCCAUCGUCACGACUAUAUGAAGGUAAUGAUGGGCCGUUUGACGAGGUAUCGAGUCCAUGGGAAGUCGCUCAUAUUGAAGCAAACGUAGUGGGUUUCAUAACCGAAAAUGAAAUCAAAGAAUGCACAAGAAAGGAUGAAACUCUGCAACUGGUUAUAAAGGCCUUGGAAACUGGAGACUGGCCGGCGCAAUUAAACAGGUUCCAAGCAGUAUCCGAAGAUCUUCUUAUUAAAGAUGGUGUGUUGAUGAAGCUUGGUUGCGCUGUAAUCCCAGAGAAGCUACGUUCGAAAACACUCGAAGUGGCUCACAAAGGACAUCCAUUGACGGCAAAAUUAAAAAGCAUUCUCCGCGAACGAGUGUGGUGGCCAGGAAUGGCAACAGAUGCUAAUGAAUGGGUUAAGUCGUGUGAAACAUGCGCUGUUAACGGUAGGCCCGAAAAACCGACCCCCAUGCACCGCUUGUUUGCACCCAAGACAGUAUGGGAAACAAUCGCCCUGGACUUUAAUGGUCCUUAUGCUAGAUAUGGUGGAGUCUCGAUUCUGGUUAUAAUCGACUACAGGUCAAGAUAUGCUAUUGCAAGACCUGUUAAAUCAACAAGUUUUGAAAACACGAGAAAAAUACUCGAAGACGUUUUCAACAAAGAAGGUUAUCCCGAGACGAUUAAGUCAGACAACGGACCGCCCUUCAAUGGAGAAGAAUACCGAAACUACUGUAAUACAAGAGGUAUACGUAUGAUCUUCUCUACGCCAUUCUUUCCACAACAAAACGGUCUAGUGGAAAAUUUUAUGAAGGUUGUGAACAAGGCGAUGUCUACUGCUCAGUCGGAAGGAUGUGAUUUUAACGAAGAGCUGCAAGCGGCAGUCAAUGCUCAUAAUGCUGCAGCCCACACAGUUACCAGGAUGGCACCAGAAGAAGUUAUGUUUGGUAGACGGAUUCGGAGAGGCCUGCCUCUGUUAAACCGUGGAAGAGUGUCUAUCGAUGAGAAACUACUGGACUCAAGAGAUGUCGAAGCAAAACUUCGCUCUAAGGCCCAUGAAGAUGCUCGGAGAAGCGCAAAACCUUGCAAAGUCUCCCCUGGCGAUGAGGUAAUAUUGGAACGCCACUCUAAAGGGAAGGGAGAAACAAGGUUUGAUAAAACGCGAUACACUGUUAUUCAAGAGGAGAACGGCAACCUGCUCCUUGGUAACCAAACCGGUCAUCAUGUUCGACGGCAUGUAACACAAACGAAAAAGGUUAGUCGAUGGAGAAGCUCGGAUAACAAAGCAUUACCAGAAGCAGAAAUCCCAAAGCGGACAUCUAGAAAAAGAAAAACUCCAGUCCACCUGUCGGAUUACGUACGACAAACGGAAUAUUUAGAAUAAGUCAUGAACGUCGGAAUUGAGGAUGAAUGUUGGCAUAUCGUUUUAUGGAUCACAAAUAUAAAUGAACUAACUAGCUUUAAA